GAAGCGCGCAGGCAAGCGGGAGAGAGAGCGAAACCUUCGCGCAAGGCGUGUGGAUUCUGGCCGGGGAGGCGGGUCUCGCUCUGCCCGUCCUGCAAUGGAUGUCGCAAGAAGCUGAGCCCCGCGACCCCGCUUGCCCACCCUGCAAACUGCCCCCGCUCCAUCCUCCCUUUGGGGCAGCCCGCACGUGGCGGAAGGGGCUCCCUUUCAAAGGUUACAAUGUCACCUGAUGAAGUUGUCUACUUGGCGGUCCUUCUCAUCUCUAUACCUGUUGGCUUCCUCUUCAAGAAAGUGGGUUUGAAGACCAAGAAAUACGGGGGAGCUGCUGUAGGACUCGUGCUUAUACUGGCCACUUGCCAGAUCCACAUCCUUCACUCCCUUGUCACCAUCCUGGGGACAUGGCUUAUUAUCAAUAUCUCACCAAGGACUUGUCACUACUUGACACUGGGAUGGACAUUUUCCUACUUACUUUUUUUCCGCAUGGUUACUUUCUUCAACUAUCCACAGCCAACACCGUUCGCCAACGCUGUGCAACUUUUGCUCACUCUUAAGCUGCUGAGCUUAGCCAACGAGGUGCAAGAACUCAUUCAGGCGAAGAAACAGGAAGUGACAACGUUCACCAAGUCUCCAAUGAUUGGUGCGAUUCCCCAAAUGCCGGGAUUGGUGGAGAUGCUGUGCUACAGUUACUGCUAUGUGGGGCUUAUGACAGGCCCAUUUUACCGCUAUCGUACAUAUCAUGACUGGUUGAGCCAGCUUGACCCUUCUGUUAUACCUAGCUGGCAGCCACUUCUUUCCAGAUCCAGAAUGAUCCCCAUCUUCGGAAUACUUUUUUUGGUUGUCUCCCACUUCUUCCCCCUUGAUUAUGUCCGAAGCGAUGCCUUCUAUGAGAGAGGACUUCCUUUCCGCCUCUUCUACAUGGUGCCCAUCUUCUUUGUCUUCCGCAUGCGCUUCUAUGUUGCCUGGCUUUGCGCUGAGGGCGCCUGCAUCGCUGCUGCUUUUGGCGCCUAUCCAGCCAGUGCCAAGUCUCGAUCAGGUGGAGGACCUACUGUGGAAUACGAGCCUUUAAGUCGAUCAGCUGAUGGGGAAGAAUCCAAUAUUGCCUAUGAUUAUGAGACAAUCAAAAACAUUGAUCCACACGGUACGGACUUUUGUGUCAAAGUGAAGGAUGGCAUGCGCUAUUGGAACAUGACUGUCCAGUGGUGGUUGGCACAUUACAUCUACAAAAGUGCACCUUUUCAAUCCUAUGUCAUGAGGAGCGCCUGGACAAUGCUUAUCUCCGCCUACUGGCAUGGGAUCCACCCUGGGUACUACCUCAGUUUCCUUACCAUUCCGCUCUGCCUAGCAGCUGAGGGGGCCAUGGAGACUGGCUUCUUGAGGCACCUCUCCCCGUCUGGGCGUCUUUUUGGUGACUGGAUACAGUGGUUCCUGAAGAUGAGGGCCUAUGACUACAUGUGCAUGGGCUUUGUGUUGCUUACCUUUGAGGAUACCAUUCGCUACUGGAACUCAGUCUAUUACUGCAUCCAUGUGGGAGCUCUGCUUUUCUUCGUGCUGGGAAAAGUGUUGGGGGCCCAGAGGAAACGGGGCUCCCUGAAGGGCAAACAGGGCGCUCCCGAGAACCCCCAGCUGCAGGAAUGAGAAGGCAAAGUGACGUUGCCAGAAGCCCACAGCAUGGGAUGCUGCCAUAGGCCCUGGAGGCUAAGGGAAUAAAUAAGUAAGACUAGUUUUGGUGGAUGAUAUGACCAGAACUAUAUCUGGAGAUUGAAGGAAGUAAUCUGAGAUUGAACUCAGAAAUCCCUACUUUUUGUCUGCUUUGUGACAAAAUGAUAUAGGAAUCCUAAAAAUAUUGCCGCCUAUGCUACUCUACUCAACACCAGGGGAUUCUGAGAGGAGGAAAAAAUCUCUAAAUCUUAACUUCUAACCCUUUCCUUUGUUAGCUUUCUUUCUAAGCUUUCACUCUCCUUCCACAGCACUCAGGAAUCUUACUUUUGACUCCUCUCUAUUCUUGUUUUUCCUUUCAUUUUUCUUUAAAGUCCAAACCUCAGCCAUUUUAUAGGAUAGGGUAGAGGAAUUUGCCCCACUGGCUGUUAUGGAACUACACCUCCCAUGAACAGCCAAAUUUGACAGUGAUUAUGGGUGCUGGAAUUCAUACUAUAGCUGUGCAACAUCUGGAGGACCAUACAUUCCUUGUCCUUCACCCAGCAGGAAUUUUUAAUCCGUUGCAUUCUGUAACUUACCAGUCCUCAUCUCUCGCUGUCAUUUUUAUUUUCUUUAAAUAUCAUAGUAUCCUUGAAAUUAUGUGGAUUUAUAGUAUUCUUGAAAGGGUGGAUUUGGGACUUUGUCCUUGGGUGGAGAAGAGGUGAGAAUAUAAGGCUGCCAGAUUUGGGCCACAGAAAUCAGAAUGGGCACUAGAGGGCAGCAAGGAACAUUGUAACCCUUUGCUCCCAUCUAAUAGUGUUCCAGAUUUUUGCAACCCAGAUCUGGUAACUCUAUAGGAAUGCUAAGAUUUAACAAAAAAAAAAAGCUCCAUCCAAAUCUUAUAUUUUUGAUCAUUUGUACAGUGAGACAUGCAAAAAUUUGUUAGGUCUCACAAAAUCUUGAAUCGGUGACCCUUUUGCUCAAAGAGGUGAGAUUCUGGGAGGUAACAAGAUUUUUACAGGGCUGGAACCUGUGACAGCAAAAGUGGUGGAAUCACGAAGAUUGGUUUGCUAAUGUAGUGGUACAGGUAGGGCUGGUGAACAAAUCAGAUGUUGCACAUAAAAACUGCCAUAUUUAAGUAUGUUAAUGCUGAGUAUAAGGUACUAAUACAUGUCCUGCAAAUUUGAUUUUUCAGCUAUGAUAUUUGAUUUUGGGGCUGAAAAAAUUUAAAACAUUUUAGGGCAUACAGGGCUGUAUCAUAUGGGGCCUAAAAUGUAUACACUGAGUAUAAAAUGGUGAAUUUUAGUUUGCAAAACAUAAACAAGUAUUGUAACUAUCGGAAAGAUGAUUUCUCAGGUAAUAUGUUUAUGUCUUAAGGACAACUAUAUACGAACCUGCUUGUGUCUGCAUUCUUUUUGGUUUGAGACAGUAUCAUUUUAUUGGAAAGCUUACUCGGAAAAUAACAUUU